GUCACACUCAACUCAGACUCGUGACUGGAAGCGAACUCCAAAAAGAUGGAAAAGCAGGUAGUGGAUAAGGCGAGAGAAGCGUUCCAGUCGGGCAAGUCCAGAUCCCUGCAGUACAGAAAACAACAGCUGAGAGCUCUGCACCGACUCAUCACUGAACGCCAAGCUGACAUCGCACAAGCUCUCAAACAAGACAUCAACAAGAGUGUGUAUGACACUACACUAUUUGAGCUUAUCGGCCUUGAGAAUGACAUCAAGUUGGCAGAGAGUAAUCUGGCUGAUUGGGCGGCUCCUCAGCCUGCGAGGAAGAACCUCGGCACUGCGAUCGAUGAUGUUUACAUAAAACCUGAACCUUUGGGUGUAGUGUUAAUAAUCGGUGCCUGGAAUUAUCCGUGGGCUUUGACCCUGCAGCCCCUGGUUGGAGCCAUUGCAGCUGGCAAUGCAGCGGUGGUGAAGCCGUCAGAGCUGAGCGAGCACUCUGCCAGACUUCUGAAAGAGCUUCUUCCUCAGUAUCUUGAUAAAGAGAUGUAUCCGGUGGUGAAAGGAGGUGUUCCAGAGACCCAGGAGCUGUUGAAGCAGCGUUUUGACCACAUCUUCUACACUGGCAACAGCACAGUGGGCAAACUGGUUAUGGAGGCAGCCGCUCGCCAUCUCACACCGGUCACUUUGGAACUGGGUGGAAAGAGCCCCUGUUAUAUCGAUAGGAACUGUGACAUUGCUGUGGCGUGCAGACGAAUUACUUGGGGCAAGUUUGCGAAUUGUGGCCAGACCUGCAUUGCACCUGAUUACAUUCUGUGUGAGGCAAGCAUCCAGGACAGGAUCAUUGAGGAGAUUCGAAACACAUUGCGGGAGUUCUACCCUGAGGAUGCAAAAAGCUCUCCAGAUUAUGGACGCAUCAUCAACACACGUCACUUUGAUAGAGUAAUGGCUUUGAUGGAGGGAUGUACAGUUGCUAUUGGAGGAGAGAGCGAUGGGUCACAGUGUUACAUAGCUCCUACAGUUCUACGUGAUGUUUUGCCCCAUUUCAGAAUCAUGCAGGAAGAAAUAUUUGGACCUGUGCUGCCCAUAAUCACUGUUGAUAAUCUGAGUGAGGCCAUACAUUUUAUCAACAAAAGGGAAAAACCUUUGGCGCUUUAUGUGUUUUCCUCUGAUAAAAAGGUGAUUAAACGCAUGUUAACAGAAACCACCAGUGGAGGAGUAACCGUCAAUGAUGUCAUGAUGCACUACACUCUUAAUUCUUUACCUUUUGGAGGUGUGGGAAACAGUGGAAUGGGGAGCUAUCAUGGAAAACAUACAUUCGACCAGUUGAGUCACCAUCGUGCCUGCCUUAUCAAGUCUUUUGCUAUGGAGGGUUUAAAUGACGCCCGAUAUCCCCCACUAACAGCAGCCCGAGUGCGCAGGGCCAAAGUUGUCCUGCAGAGUCGCUUGUGCCAUUGCAGUGGCAUGUUUGUGUGGGCGAUCAUCUCUACAAUAGUGUCCAUAGCUCUGCUCAUUGCAUUACUAGUUGUACUACUAUAGGUAACAGAUUUUAUUACUUAAGAUGCAUUGUUGAAUACUUCCUUAUAAUUGGUUAACACACGUUCCUAUAGGAUGUUUCUUACAUUUUCCGCAAGCUGUGAAGUGCUUCCUGACUGGUUUGCCACAUAACAUCUGUGUUGUAACUGCACUGUUAAACUAUUGAACAUUAGUCAUCCAACGAGUAACAUUUAACUAAAGGGUCUGUUAAAAAAUGCAUACAAUAGAUUUUUUUGUCAUAAUUCAUCGACUUAAUAAGUAUUUCCCAACUGACUGCCUUUUGGAUGAAACUUUUCAUGACUCUAGAUUAGGUCUAACAAUGCACUAUUGUUCAUAGUCACUGUCCGAUCCCACUUCCAAAGGAGACUUUCAUGUGAUGCACCAGCUGCCGCUGCUUCAAUUUCAUUGUAUAUUUGAAUCAUUCUGAUACAUGCACAUGUACAGUACAUUUACAUGCGAGUUGAUUUCCACUUUCUUCAAUACACUAUAGACACACAGGCGUUUAAUAUGUUUUUAACCAUCUUAAUAAAGCUUGUAUAAAAAUAUCAAAAAUUCAGCAGAACUGCUGAACAGUGCACAAGAGAGUAGUAUAAGUUAACUAGAUGCCUAGAUAAGUUAGCAUUAUGUCUGUUUGUACAAGUAAAAAUGAUCCCUUUGUUGACCUAAUGAUCUGGGCCUGUAUUCUUAAAGCUUCUAAGAAUCCUCUAAGAAAGCUCUUAAUUUAGCUUAAAAACUUCUACGUUGAUUCAGGACCAAUCUGAGAGCAACUCUGAGCAAGGAAAAGACAAAAACUUUUAUCUUAGUGAGAAGGCGGGGCUGACCCUGUUGCUAUGUCUUUUGAAGACUGUGAUUGGUUGGUUGGCCAAGAAGGAAAAAGGAGCGCUUUUAAGUAUAGGGUCGAAAUUAGGUUUUAAAUUGCACGUGUAAUUUUUUUCUGUUUUAUCUUACUCGCACGCACACGCAUUCUUUAUUUUUUAUUUACCAUGCUGUUAAUGUCAACGUGUUUGAUAGAAAAUGAACAGUGACACAAUAAGUUUUUGUAAGUGCUGUAAUUGUUUGUGUGAUCUCUGCUGCUGCAUUUCUCCAGUUGCUAAAUAUGUUUACUUAGUAUUUAAUGCUAAACUUACAUCACAUGACAGCAUUUGAAGUUAUAGCUGCAAUCAGUUACAUUAUGCCAUUACUAUUUUCCCUGUUUAUAACCUCCCUCUGUUGUCUGAUAUCGAUCACAAAAUUAGACCUAAACAGUUUCAACAAAUGAAAUUUCCUAAGUCACAACCAAUAAGCUCUCCCUAUUUUUCAUAAACAUUUACUUAGUAACUUUUAAUUAAAGUCACUGAGUGCAGCUGUGACACGUCAGAGGAGACCUGGCCCUCCCGGCUGAGACUGGUUUCACCAUCAGACUGGUUUUUUUUCUCCAUUUAUUUAUCAUUAGAGUUUGGGUUCCUCGCCACAGGGCCAUGUUGGCUUGCUCACCGGGGGACCGCCUUUAUUAGAUAUUAUUUAUUAGAAUGAUCUUGCUUAUUCUAUAAACACCAUGUACUGUGCUGUGUUUUACCUUUUCGGAAUUUUUCAGUUUUUCUUAUUUUCUCCUGUAAACCUGCUUUGAAACAAUGCACAUUGUGAAAAGCGCUAUAGAAAUAAAAUAAAAUUGAAUUGAAUUAUAACAUAUACACUAUGUUACUAAUUCAACAAGGGAAGAGUUUAUUAACAAAAACAGAUAACUACAUUUUUUAUUCAAAAUUCAAGUUUUUAUUGUGCAUUUAAAUAUCAAUCAAACCGUUUGUUUUUUAUUGUUUUUUAUUUAGUAACAAUAACUUUAAAAAAUACAGCUAACAAAUACAAUAAAACACAUGAUAACACAAUAAACUGAAACUGAGAGAAUUUUAUGUAAGACUUGUGGUUUUGCAGCAAGUUUAUAGUAGCUUAAUUGAGUGUUUUAGGGUAUAAUAUAACUGUAUGGUUUGGUAGAAUAACAUCUGUGAAUAAAGCAAAAUUGAAUAGAAUUACCAGGACAGAGGGUAAAAUUAUAGGUUCUAAACAAAAGUCAGUUGAUCAGUAAUACGGAAUGGCUGUUAAGAGGAAAGCUUUGGUAAUAACUAGAGAUAUAACACACCAUCUGAAUCAUGUUUUUGAAUUGCUUCCAUCUCGUCGUCGUUAUAGAACACCGAAAACAACUAAGGCAAUGUAUAAACAAACAUUUGUACCAAAUGCAGUAGGUCUUUUGAAUAAGGGUUAGGAUGUGAAUGUUUUACAUUUUAAUUUAAUUUAUUAUGUUGAGGUGGAUGCUGUGUAUUGUAUUGUUAUGUAUUGUGAUGCUGUGUUGUUAAUUGUAUCGUUGAUUGUAUAGCGAGACCAAAGACCAAUUUUCAGCCAAGGCUGGAUAAUAAAGUACAAACAAACUAAACUAAAC